AUGGAUUCUGAGAUCCCCGAUGACGAUCGCUUCGUAGAGUUGUCGUCGAUUGAGGCGAUAUACCCGGAAAUCAAGAUCGAUCCGUCGACUCCCUUCCGAGCAUCGUUGGAUAUCCCCGUGAAGCCUUCGGCACCCCUGCGGGUUUGCUUUGAGCAGCACGCAGAAGCUGGGUCACCCACUGUUUUGACUCCUCCAAACUCUUUGGGUGCUGCCGAAGUUCGUUCCACACCUACGACGAAACCCGGCGACAACUCCUUCACUGUUGAUACCGGAAACGAUGUACACUUCCUUCCUCAUCUUCCCCCGAUUGCUCUCGUGGUCGAUCUUCCCGAAGGCUAUCCUUCUUUGCAGCCACCCAUUGUCAAAAUCAGCACCGAUCCAUCAUGGCUUCCUUCUUCAAUUGUUUCGGGUCUUUUGGAUGAUGGGAAACGCCUCUGGGAAGAAUGCGGGAAGGACCUGGUCAUAUUCACGUACAUUGACCAUCUUCAACAGCUCGCUGAGACGGCUUUCGGAAUCCAAGACAUCCCCAAUGGCGAGAUUCGGCUUCCCCGGGAGCUAAAGAUUUCUCUGCUGGACUUUAACAACAAGGCCGAGAAAGAGAAGUUUGAGCAGGAGACCUUCGAGUGCGGUGUCUGUUUGGAGCCCAAAAAAGGCGCCAAUUGCCACCGGUUGCUUCCCUGCUCUCAUGUGUUCUGUGUGCCCUGUCUUCAGGACUUUUACAAAACAUGUAUCACAGAAGGCGAUGUGGACAAUGUGAAAUGUUUAUCACCCGACUGUGGCAAGGAGCCAAAAACCGCUUCAAGUGGGGAAGCCACAGGGAAGAAACGGAAAAAGAACGACCGUACAUUGAGUCCCAGCGAGCUUCUCCAGAUCCCUUUGGAACAGGAAACAGUGCAGCGCUAUGUUUUUCUGAAGCGAAAGAAGAAGCUCGAGGCUGAUAAGUCGACGGUGUAUUGCCCCCGGCAAUGGUGUCAGGGCGCGGCUCGCUCUAAAAAACACCCGAAACCUACGGACCCCAUGGCAAAUGACCUGGAGGACUCUGACGAUGAAGACGACGAGGUCGCCUUUGACCCUCUUGGAGAUGAGGCCCAAUUACCCCCAAUGGCAGACCGUGUUGCUAUCUGUGAAGACUGCAAUUAUGCUUUCUGCAGUGUCUGUAAAAAAGGCUGGCAUGGCGAGCUGGUGCGCUGCUUCCCUCGGCGGGAGGCGGAACUGUCGGCAGAAGAAAAGGCUACAGAAGAAUAUCUGAAGAUGUACACCUCUCCUUGCCCGACAUGCAGCGCUCCUUGCCAGAAGCAAAUGGGAUGUAACCACAUGAUAUGCUUCAAGUGCGACACGCACUUCUGUUACCUCUGCUCCAGUUGGCUCUCGGAAGACAACCCUUACCGUCAUUUUAACGAGUUUGAUAGCGGGUGCUACAAUCGACUCUGGGACAUGGAAGGUGGCGACGGCAUUAAUCCGGAUGGUGCCGAGGCUCUCCACCGCAUUCCCGACCACCUUGUCGAUUUUGACGAGAGCGAUGACGAGGACCAGCCUGCAUGGCGUUUUCAGGGACAACCUCCACCUCCCGCCCCUGCGCCGCCGCGAGCUAACCAGGGCGCAAACGGUCCCAGGCACCGCGAAGGCGACGGGAAUGCAAACAACCUCGACGCGGCAGGCAUGGCGGCCGCCGCAGAGAGACAAGCCCAGGCACAAGCCAUCGCCGAAGUGCGAGGUCGUCCCGGUGCUGAUGGGCCCCGGCCGCAAGCCAAUGGAGAUGGCGUCGCUCGACCGGGACCAGUGAGACAUCCAGGACUCCAACGAUUCUUGGACUUGGUCCAAAACGACCGAGAAGACGAAUGGGACAGUGACGAACUUGACGAUGACUUUUAA